UAACCUCCCCUCCAAGCCUAUACAUCAUCACCACACUCCUCCCCCGCCGCCUCUCGCAAGUCGCAAACCAGCCCCCCUCUCCUCGGAUCUCUCCGUCCCCUUCCUCCAAAGUCCAAACCCCCCACCACAAUCACAAGCAGCAGCGACAGGUCCCAUGGCGGCGCUGGGGUCGAAGCUGGCGCAGCUGCAGACAAAGGCCUGCGAGGCGACGAGGUUCGUGGCCAAGCACGGGUGCGCUUACCACAAGACGCUCAUGGAGAAGAACAAGCACCACGUCGUCGACCCGCCCACCGUCGAGAAGUGCCAGGAGCUCUCCAAGCAGCUCUUCUACACCCGCCUCGCCAGCCUUCCUGGUCGUUACGAGUCAUUCUGGAAAGAGCUUGAUGGCACGAAGCUCUUGUGGAAAAACAGAAGCAAUCUGAGGGUUGAGGAUGCUGGCAUUGCGGCGUUGUUUGGCAUCGAGUUGUAUGCUUGGUUUUGCGUUGGUGAGAUCGUCGGUAGAGGAUUUACUCUCACGGGCUACCAGGUCUGAAUGCCUGCAUUACCACUAGCAUGAGCAAACACAUUAGUCCACAUUUUCCAACGAAUACUAUGUCGGUGGUCAGUUUCACCCUGACAUGAAUCGUGAAUCAAAGAUUUGUUAUUCUGAACUACUCUUGAUGCCGCGAAACUACAUUAUCUCAGUGGAACAAACGUGAUGAGCUAAUAAUUUACUGUGUCUCUUGCCCC